AUGGACUUCGAGCAUACCUGGCGUGGUCGACCAAUCCUAAACGAAGAGCGACUUCAGCGCUUGAUCGAUGAAAUGGAUGAUGGCAUCGAUACCACAUUUUAUGAGCCCUCGUCAUCUUCAAAUCCAUUCACAGCAUUCAGCAUUUCCCAAUCAACGAAAACGUCAGUGUCGGAUAGCCUUAGCACCGAUACAUCGUCGUUGAGGUUGCGAUCCGUUGAGUCUCUGCCAUCCUUUUCUCCGUCGGAGAGGUUUUCAUCGCCUUUUAGUGAAAGCUGCAAUCCUGUGGCGUCAUCACUGACACCUUCGAUAACAAAUCUUCUCUCGAUAUCGAGAGAUGAAGCCAUGAUUUUCCAUCACUACGUGACAUGGAUCGCUCCUCUGAUGAUUCCAGUGGACAGCGCCGAGAAUCCUUGGAAGUCGGUUUAUCCUUCAACAGCGCUCCAGGACUCAUCCCCCGCUUCACAGGCAUUAUAUCAUGCGAUAUUAGCUCAGUCAGCAUUCAAUAUAGCCAAUCUGCAAAAAGAUAACCACGGAUCUUGUCGCCAAAGAGAAUCCGUUGCAUUGAAACAUUACGGCGCGUCGUUAAGAGAGCUAAGCAAGAGCCUAAAUGUCACGAAGGAGACAGAAUAUGAUGCCUGCGCUGCUACUCUAUAUACACUAAUGAUUUCUGAGGGUAAUGCACGAGGCUCAGUGGCCUGGAGAAGCCACUUUAAUGGUGUUGGGGGCUUCGUCACCCAAUUUGUUCAGCAAAAGCCUUGGACCCGGUCCACGCACUCUUGGGUAAUAUCUCAGAGUCUCGCACUAUCAUUUGAAAUUUCUCAGACAGGGAAUGCAAAGCCCUACGGCCGAUCACCGAUAACAGAAGUCCUUUUGGACGGCGUUGCAUCCCGCCAAAAUUUCGGGUACACCAUAGGUGCAAGCUGCGAUGUUUUGCGCAUAAUUUCAUCAAUAAGACUUUUUGCAGAGAAAAUUGCACUCGGCGACAUCCCUGAUAAUCUCGGAAGUUUGAUCCAGGCGUACCUUAUUGAAUUAUCACCCCAGAAUCACACCAAACUCAAUGUGGAUCUUGAUAUGCCGGACCGUGAGAGUGUUUUGAAGUCGUUACCAGAAAAGCAGCAACAUGAAUUCCUAGACUGCCUACACCUCCGUCUUUUUCGCACCGCAGCGCUUAUUUAUCUACACCAAACGAUUCUCAAGGUCCCUCCGCGUGGCGUUCGGAAAUAUGUCAAAUCUGUCCUCGAGGAUGCUACGACAUUCAUCCGUAUGCGAGGAGGGUCAAUAUCCAUGUGGCCAGUGUUUAUUGCCGCCACCGAAGCGACCAAAGAAGAAGACCAGCUUAUGGUCGAACAGUGGUUGGCAAUAUCAAGCCAUCUUGGAAUGCAAAAUCGAUUAAUAGCUGGUAAACUUAUUCGUCAAAUUUGGCGCGAGCGGUCUCAAGAAGCCAUUACCAGUUGUUUGGAUCCAGAUCAAGUGAUAAAGGACUGGAAGACAAUUCAACAAAGGCUUGGAAUUGACCUUUUGCUUUUGUAA